AUGGCCAAAAGAAAACAAAGCUCAUCAAUAAAGACUAAAACUAAGACAAAUAUUUCUGCUCCUGCAGUUAAAAAGUCUAAAAAGUCUACCACAGUUGCUGUGGCCACUGUAACUGCUGAUCAACAACAACAACAACAUUCUUCUCAAAAACUAACCAUCGAAGAUGUUUUUGAAAAAGAAGAAGCCAUUUUGGAAUCAGCUAAAAACUAUAACCAACUUGUACCUCUUUUGCAAGCCCUUAAAAAUGAAAUCAAGUCUGACAAAGAAAAAAAUACUAAUAAUAAUGAUAACGAAGACCAAGAAGAUGAUGAGGGAGAAGAAGAAGACCUUGUCAUUGCUCUCAUCACAUGCCUUUUUAAAAUCUUUGGCAAACUUUUGAAAAAAAACCAACUGCGUUCAUUUCCAACCAUGACCCCUGCUCAACAAAAGGUCACCGAGUGGCUUGGAGAACGUUAUGAUACUUUUAAAAACCUUUUAUUCACUACCAUCAAAACAAGUACAAACGAUACCCUACAGGCUCUAGCAGUGCAAAUCAUUUUCCGACUUGCCAAGGUUGAAAACGCCCAUUACUCUCUUGAUGAGAUUUACUUUCCUAAACCUUUAUUGGUUGGGCUUUUCGAGGCAGUGUUAUUUGCAAAUGAUACAGCCCACGUUGACGUGGCCAUUGAAGAACUUACAGACAAAUACCUGAUAGAAUAUGACGACAUACGCUACUACUUUAUGAGUCUUGUCGAUGGUCUCUUAGUAGACUUGCUUGUGGAUCAAAAGAAGCUUCAAGAUAACUCUGAUCCGGAAUUUAAGUCCUUGGCUGCCAUUGCAUCUGUCCGACUUUUCGACAUUUUGUCCAAACUAUCUGCCAUUUUCCCUGACUCUGAUGACCAGGUCAAUAGCUUUUAUCUUGAAGUCCCCAAAAAAUAUGUCAACCCAACCCGUCUUAUCUCAUCACCAUUGCGACUCUCUAGUCACAAGACUGUUUUCCAAAAAUGCUGGCUUUCUGCAUUUAAGCUCCCCGUUUCUUACGACCAAUACAAGGCCGUACUCCAGAUUCUUCACAAGUCAAUCAUCCCCAAUAUGAUCCAGCCACAGAUGCUGCUUGACUUUUUGACUAACGCAUAUGACGCCGGUGGACCCAUCUCAAUUCUUGCUCUUAACGGUCUCUUUUCACUGAUGCAAAAAUAUAACCUCGAAUACCCCAACUUUUAUGCAAAACUGUACCAACUCUUUGAUAACUCCAUUCUCCAUGUCAAGUACCGUUCCCGGUUCUUGCGUCUUGUGGACGUUUUCCUUUCAUCAACCCACGUGGCUGCAAACAUUGUGGCAUCUUUUAUUAAGAAACUUUCCCGUCUGGCGCUCUAUGCCCCUCCUGCUGCUAUUGUUGCCAUUGUACCCUUCAUUUACAAUCUUCUUAAGCGCCACCCAACAUGUAUGGAUUUGAUCCAGCGACCAGACUACGAUGCUGGAGAUGAUGAUGGGUUUAUGGAUCCAUUUGACGAUAACGAGAUGGAUCCUCUUUACACAAACGCUAUUGAAUCGUCUUUAUGGGAGCUUGAAACAUUGCAAACACACUAUCAUCCGAACGUGGCUACCCUGACACGUAUUAUUUCGGAACAAUUUACAAAGGAAAGUUACAACAUGGAAGACUUUUUGGAUAUGUCAUACAGCACACUGAUGGAGGCUGAACAAACUAGACGUUUGAAGGCACCUCCAGCCCUGGAGUUUGAGACUUUUGAUAGAAUCUUUGGGUUUAAGCGACCAGAUCAAGGUGAAGUGGAAGAUGAGGAGAUUGAUGAGGGCGUGAAUCCUCCCAUGAUGGUUAAUUGGGUUUUUUAA